AUGCCCGCCGGCCAGUCUAAGCUGCUUUUCUCUGCGGCUUCCUCCGGUUCCUGCUCUCUCAAGCGCGCUACGCUUGCGCUUCCUCUUGUUCCUCUCAGCUCUGAUGUGGUGUUGCCGUCCGGGAAACGUUUUGGGUGCCUCGUCGUCCGGUGCGGGGGGAAUGGUGGUCGUUCGGGGAGAAACAGUGGUGGUGACGGCGCUGGGGGAGGAGGUGGCGGUGGCUGUGGCAGUGGCAGUGGCGGCGGCGGAGGCUGGGGAAAGGAAGGGCCGGAUGGAGAUGGGUCCUCGAGCGACAAGAAUAGGUUGGAAGCGCUCCUCGCUCUUUCUGAGGCGGGGAAGUCUCUUGAGAGCAUCCCCAAGGAUUUGGCCAGCGCUAUCCAAAAUGGGAGAAUCCCUGGGACCGUUGUGACGCGCUUUCUAGAGCUCGACAAGUCGCCUCUCCUCCGGUGGCUGCUCCAGUUCGGCGGGUUUAAGGAGCGUCUCUUGGCAGAUGACCUCUUUCUGGCUAAACUUGUGAUGGAGUGCGGUGUGGGAAUCGUCGCCAAGGUUUCUCCCCUUCAUGCUACGCUUUCAGGACCUUUAUUGAUUCAUUAUCGCUUUUUCUUCGUCUCCGUACCCUCAUACCUACACUUUUACCUGCCAUGUAAAGUAUGCCAAGUAUGGGUCGCUCGCCAUUCGGCGGCAUGCAUGGAUGUGCCAUUCUUAUUUUAACUUCUUAUUUUCUCGUCUGUACAGUCUGUAGUUCUCUCUCUCUCUCUCUCUCUCUCGCGUGCGCGCGUGCGCUUCGUCUUUGUAUAUAUGUAUGAGUAUGCAUACACUUCUAUGACUAGGUAUAAACGUAAGGUGUGUGAUGAACAAAAUGGCAACAAAGACAGGCACCAAUUACAGUUGCUGCAACCUGAGAGCAUUAACUAAAGAGUUUUUUUAUGCUUACUCUAUGGUACCUGGUCAGCAUAGUCUCAAGUUCUGGUUAUUCGUACACUUUCCUCAAAUUUGUUCAACUUGAUUUCAUCCCUUUGCCCAUCGCAUUUAGGCACCUGGUGUUUUGUUAGUUAGAUUUUAUAGGCUUAUAAUUAUUGUGUCGAAAUUACUUCUAAUUCCUUCUCAUACUGCUGUCCAGUAUUCAUCUGACAGACUACACGAUAUAUUUUGUUUCUGUCGCUGAUAUCCAUUUUAUGGCGUGAUGUUAGUGUGAAAAUCAGCAUCUUCUAUUUCUAAAUAUGAUUGUGGAUAUUUCAGUUUUAUCUCUAUGCCCAUCUAGUUUUCCCUAUCUUAUUCUAAUUUUAUCUUUGGAAAUUCGUUACCGUUUCUUUAAAGUUGCUUAUAGCAUGCAGAAUUUAAUCUGUCAUUUAAGAUUUAUGUACAUGCAUGCUUGAGAAUUUUAUUCAUUUAUUGUAAAGGGCCAUUUCUCUUUCUUUAUAGUUGACCAGGUUAGAGUGCAAUAGAUUUCCACUUGGACCGUUUUCAGUUCUUGGAUUCUUAUACUUUGUUGUUUGUGGUUAACAAAUCUAUUCUUGGAAACAAAACAGAGCAUUGAUAUAUUCAGGUAAGCAUUUUCUUUCAGAGAAUCAUGUAAAUAAUCAAGGAAAUCUGAAAAUACUCAUGGCAACAGCUUCCAGUCUAUCAAGUGGAUAGAUCCGAUGCAUCCUAAACCAACUUCUCUCUGUUUUUAUUUCAAAACUAGGAAUAUAAUUUCAGGAUUUUCAAUGUUUUUAAUGAGCCCAGUCCUUUCAUCUGCACGAUGACUCUUCCAAGAUAAUCGGAAAAAACAUUGAUUAUUUUUGUUGCUCUUCCCAACAUACCGACUUACGCUUUGAAAGUAAAUAGCUGUCCAACUGUGUCUUUUUGAACAUACCAGAAUGGAAUAUGAAUGCUAACCAUGUUAUUCUCUAAGGCCAACAUAGUCAUAAUUAUUAAUUGCUUAAAACACUUUGUAAUACCUUUCUGUAGACUGGUAGAAUAGGAGCCAGUCCAGGCUCUCAUUUUCCUUCUCUUUAGCAAAUUUGGGAUCUUAUUCAUAUGAUUGAGGAAAAUUUCUUCCUAAUCAAAAUCUCAGUAUGUGCAAGCAUGAUUACUGACAAAAUCUGAACUCAAAUUUCAGAGUUCUCAAUUCCAUUACCCAGCUUGGCUGUGGUAAAAUAAAAUUACCUACAAUUUGUUGAAAUACAGUGUAAAUACUGUGUUAGCAGUUGGGGUUAGGUGUAUGACGUGUAUGACGUGUUCACUUAAGGAAGCACGUGAACAUCACCUGUAUGUCUCAGGAUGUAAGGCUCUAUGUCUAGAACGUUCUCCCAUGGAUCUGUUCUAAAUAACAGACCCCUGUCUCGAUGUAAACUGAUCUUGAAGUUAUUUUUCCCUCAUAUAAAAUAAAUAGAAGUUCCUUUUUUUCCCUUCCACGAGAAGGUCUGUCGUUCUUCAAGAAACGAAGGAACUAGAGGAAAUUCAACACAAUUCUUUUCUUGAGAUGGUUUUGGGUUUUCCUUCAAAUUUCCAUAACAAAGAAGGAUGUUCAUUUAUUCAUUUAUUGGAUAUUACUUUAAAAAAGAGAUUUGCAUUAGUUUUUUGGCCUCCUCACUUAUUGGUUUAUUUUUUCUUAGCUUUAUCAUUUAUUGGUUUUCUUAUUCUUCAUAGAUCUUGGCAUUUAGAAACAUUUUGUACCAUUUUAAUUUGGUGCUCGCAUUCUCAGACUGCUGCAGAGUGGGAGCGUCGCAGGGAGAACUUUACAAAGGAGUUAGAUUUUGUUAUUGCGGAUGUGGUGCGUCUUCUUAUGGAUACAACAUUUUUCUUUUGAAAUUAUCAGAUGAAAUCCGUCAAAUUUUUGGAGUUCUUUGGCAGGAGACAUUCAGAUCAUGGAUAAUUUAGUGUCAGGAUUCUAAAGGGAUCAUUGGCAUAUAUUGAUGUCAUUGUUACAACCCUCUUAGACAUUCGAACAAAAACAAAAUUCUCCGUGAUGGGGUAAGUUUCCAAAGCAUAAAUAUGACAUGAGUUGUUUGGACGUCAACUCUGAUUUCACUAUGGCUAUAGAGUAUUCUAUUGUAAAGCAAGCUGUCAGAAACUUAUAAAAUGACUCUAUGGUAUACGAGUACGAAAAGAGAGAAAAAACCUUAAUGAGAAAAAUGUGACAACAUUUUCCCCUAUUAGAUGUGUAGAGAGGCUGUGGGGCGUGUACAGCAUACGACCAAAUUUGGGUCUUGUGGGUCUUUAUUUUGAUAAAGUCAUUGACACACUAAAAACCAUAUUCUUAACGUAAUGAAAAUUGAGCUUUGAGUCAGCCUAGAUAUUAAAGAAUGUGCUUUAUUACUCGUAUGUUCACAUAAAAAAAAACUACUUUUUAAAACUAAAUUUCGUGCAUGUUUUGAGUGUUGAAAUCACCCAGUAAUUCAUAGAAAGGGGUCUUACAUGAAAGAUGGUGGCUAAUUUAAAUAAUAACUGUUGAACAAUGAGCAUAAAUCAUAUUUUUAUUUCAUGGUUCAGCUUGUACACCACGGAACUUGUACUCUAAGCAUCAUUGAUCCUAAGGUUGUAGCUUGUUUUCAAUCCUAUUUCUCUUCGAGAAACAUCAAAUUUAUUUCCAAAUCUUAUGAAAGGGUUAUUUUUUUUAUUUUCCCUCCUUUUUCAAGGUCAGGUGGAAAGAAGAUUUUGCAUAAUUGUUGUGUUCAGGAAGAACCGUUACAGUUAAUUUAUUCAAGGUCAUAUUUCCUGGGUUUUAGUUGUUUCUUAACUUGAUUUUUAAUGAGCUGCAGCAGUCAGGAACAAUGAACGUUAUGCCAUCUUCUUCCAAUAUAUUGCUUUUGACAAAAGCAUUAUGGCCUUCUCCUAGUAAAUAUUUUUUUGACAGUUUCCUUUUUUUAUUUUGACCAGAUAUAAUGCCCGGUAAUUGCAUGGUAAAUUUAUUCUAUGCCAUUUUAACAUAAGAGAAAAUAAUACAGACUUGUUGAGGUAUGAGAUAGCAUUCCAUUAUAUAGCUUAUUAACUAAUUUUGGAAACCAAUGAGUGUUUGCUUUUUCCUUUUUCUGAAUCUUCUUUGGUCAAUGGAUUAAAGGACUAUAGUGAUUGAACUUUCAUUAUUCACUUCCUGUCUGAAACACGGCAAUAGUAGGGUUUUUAAUUCCUAUACAAUUAGAUUCAUAAAUAGUGUUAUGUUGUGUUCAAAUGAAAAACCCUUCUGUAAUUCUGAUUAAAAUUACCUAGAUGAUAUAAUUUUGGUCGUCUGGUUGCUGAUUUUUAGUAUACUUUACAAUAAGUUGUAAUUUCUUGUAUGGGUUUAUUCAUGUGGUGAUUCUGUGUGCUAUGCUGUUCUCAUUUUCUUUAAAACAUUUUGUCUGAAAGGUUUAUAGCUAUGAUGUGAUGGUCUUCUCCCUUGUUUAAUCAGCUAUAAAUCUUUAAUUCUUUACAAUUUCUGCUAACAUGGUAAUGUUUUAUUUUAGGCAAUGGCCAUAAUUGCAGAUUUUAUGCUUGUCUGGCUUCCUGCUCCAACAGUCUCUCUUCGUGCUCCUCUUUCUCUUGCUGCUGGACCAAUCGCCAAUUUUUUUCAUAGCUGCCCUGAUAAUGCUUUCCAGGCUAGUUCUUGUUCUGUUUGCCAAUACCUGAUUAUCUUUUCAAAUCAGUUUUGACUGAAACAUCCUUAACUCUUCCAUACAUUCUUUUGGCGACAAUAUUUUUACAGAUUGCGUUAUCUGGAACUUCAUAUUCUCUUUUGCAAAGAGUGGGAGCCAUAAUCGUUAAGUAUCACACAUUCUUAUUAAAAGUUUGAAGGCUUAUAUCAGUGAUUAACUCUGUAAAUAUUUUUCUUGCAGCGUAAUGGAGCUAAGCUCUUUCUAGUUGGCACUAGUGCAUCUUUGGUAUGCCAGUUAUUUCCUUUCUGAGUUUUUACGUUUCUUUCUCUUUUCUAAAUCCCGAAAUGUUCACUCUAAGGGUUUCACAUGUGAGCUGUCUCAUAGAUUAUGGGCUGCCAGGGCAUUCAUUGGGAUGAAAACACUUGAAGGAGAGAUAAGAGUCAAGUUUUAGAACUCUGACUGCUUGGCCAUACCUAGAAAGUACUUAGGCUAAAUUGGGUAGUUGUAGAGAUGGGAUCCUCACAGGGCGGUGCAGUAGAAGGUUUGACCGUAUUGUGCUGGUUGUGGUCCAAGAGCUGCGGUGAUUAUCUGGAGGGAGGUUAUUCAUUGAGUCCAAUGUUAGUGGUUCAAUGAAACCUUACAAGCUGAUAGCCAAAAGAACUGCCCACUGCUUUGGAAUCGUUCAUCUAGAGCCCUCUAAAAUCCUUGAAUGGUCUGAAGUAUUUAUUAUUUGGGAGGAGGCUCCCUUGAAUAAAUAUAUUGAAAGAGCAUGGUUUCAGACGCUUGCUAGUUGGUGGUAAAGCAGGGGCAGGGAAAUCCUUCAUCGCUGCAAGCCUGUGUUUCUCUGCCACCGCAUAUGUCACAAAGCUCUUGUUCGCAACUAGUAAUGUUUGGUUUCACCGAAUUUUAUGCUUUCCUUUAAAGAAGAGAAGAGGGACUAAAAUGGGAAAACAAAUUAGAGAUGAUUGUGGAAAAGUGAGAAGAAAUACGAACCACACACUUUCCAAGACCUAGAAUUCUAGUGUUAGUACUCUCUCUCUCUCUCUCUCUCUCUCUCUCUCUCUCUCUCUCUCUCUCUGCGCUCUCUUAUGAAACGGUUGGUCGAAAAUGUGUGCAACUUUUGCAAUUAUAUUCACCUAGGUCAAAAAUGCUCUGGGGCAUGCUUGAAGGUUUGCUUAAAUUGUGUAUUUUCAGGUGGGUACUGGUGCAGUCAAUGUCCUGAACAAUGCUAGAGGAGCAUUCGAUAGAGAAUUUGCCGAAGCAUCUGAGGAUGUUCCUGUAUUGUCAACAAGUGCAGCGUACGGCUUGUACAUGUCUGUUUCCAGCAAUCUCAGGUACAUGGCUUCCCAAAAUAUUUCAUUUAUACGAAAAAUCAAACAACCCAACCCAAGCUUUUUCUUUCUCAGUGUGAUCAACAUUCAAAGCUGUCUUUUUCAGACAUGGGAUUUUUCACAGAGAAAAAUGAAAAACUCUUUGGUGGUGUUUUACCCAUUGGAAUGACUUAGUUUCUAUUUAUGCAUAUCUGAUUCCUUAUAAACAUCAUUAAGCCUAAUCUUCAUAUAGAUAGAACUGAUCUCAUGCAUCAAACCUAUACUAACAUCCAUCCGAAAAUAAAUAUAGUCAAGUCAACACAUUACUAGUCCAUCAUCAAACUCCCCGGUCAAGGCAUGUAGCAACACCAGGGAAACAAUUCUUCUUUGUUUCUCAUAUGUUAGGAGUCAUUAUUUACAUGAAAGUAUAAGAGAAUCCUAAAAGCUGAGACUGGAUCAAGAUGAUGAUGAUGAUGAUGAUGAUGAUGAUGAUGAUGAUGAUGAUGAUGAUGAUGAUGAUGAUGAUGCAUCUUAACUCUUGAGUAUUAUGUUCCCCAAAGGUACCAACUACUGGCUGGAGUGGUUGAGCAGAGGAUACUAGAGCCGCUCUUCCACAAGCAGAAGCUCGUCCUCAGUGCUCUAUGCUUUGCUGUCCGCACUGGAAAUACAUUCCUCGGAUCAUUGUUGUAGGCGUCUCUCAUCUCCUCUGAGUCUCUCAUCCCAUUAUUGUCUUGGUCCAAUAUUUUCUUCUCUAGGACGUCUUUUUUUAUCUCUACCGUUGAUUAUAAACAGGUGGGUCGACUACGCUCGUUGGAUCGGAGUCCAGCAGGUCCGUGAAUGA